CGUGUUUCUGGUGAGCCAAAACAUACAUGUUAAUAUGAACCAAAUCUUGUCCAUCCCGACUUCAAUCAUGGAGCAAGAAUUAGGCCAUCAUGUUGCACAAAUGAUUCCCAACAAUUAUCAGCCCCGCAGUUUGGAUAUCCCACCAUUUAUUGUUGAGCUAGCCCUCCCAAGUUGGGUGGCUCAACAAUGGAGAAAUGGGAAAAGCAAAGUGGACUCCUCCAACUUUGGAUAUGCUGACAUGUUAGUCCCUGAUAGGAUAGUGUUACACUAUUCUUCAACCAUGGCAGAUGAAAAAGAUGGUUCAACCAUGAUUAAGUUGAACACCUCUAAUUACUCUUUGUGGAAGACUCUGAUGGAGGACAAGUUGUUUUGUAAACACCUCUAUGAUCCAAUUGAGCACAAAGGCAUCAAACCUGCAGAAAUGAAUGAUGCUGAUUGGAAAAAGAUUGAUCGCAAAGCUUAUGCCGUAAUCUGUAAAUGGGUUGACAUGAGUGUGAUUCAUCAUGUGGGUCAAGAGAAGGAGUCCUAUAAGUUGUGGACUAAGCUUGAAGAGCUGUUUGAAAGAAAGAAUGCCUUGAAGAAAGCUUCCCUCAUUAGAAAACUAGUCAAUCUCAAGUACAAGGAGGGCAAGAAUGUGUCUGAGCACUUAAAUAAUUUUCAAGAAAUUUUGAAUGAACUAGUUACAGUGAAGUUGGCCAUUGAUGAUGAGGUACAAGCAUUGAUUUUAUUGAGCUCUCUUCCGGAUAGUUGGGAGACUUUGGUGGUAACUUUAAGCAACUCAACAAGAGAUGGGGAGAUGACUCUGCAAUUGGUCAAGGACAGCAUAUUGAGUGAGGAAUCCAGAAGAAAAGAGCAAGGAAUUAUGAGUUCUGAGUCUGAAGCACUGGUUACUGAGUAUAGAGGGAGGAGUAAGCAAAGGUAUAUUCGAAGAGACAAUGACAGACAGUCUCAAGAGAGGGAUUGUUGGCACAACAAAGAUAAAUAUGUUAAGAAGAGGGCUGAUACUCAUGAAGAGAAGGAAGCCAAGGAAAACAUUACUGCAAUUACUUCUAAUGGUGAGGUAUACUUGCUGUGUGAGAAUAAUAGCAUUGAUGUUGCUCAUCAUGAUUCUACAUGGGUUGUUGAUACUGUUGCUUCUUAUCAUGUCACACCAAAUAGAGACUGGUUUAGCUCAUAUAAAGAAGGUGAUUUUGGGUCUUUGAAGAUGGGAAACAGAUCCGAAGCCAAGAUUGUGGGUGUUGGUGAUGUUUGGCUUGAAACAAACAUCGGAUCCAAGCUGCACUUGAAAAAUGUGAGACAUGUUCCUGAAAUACGUCUCAAUUUGAUGUCUACGGGUAUGCUAGAUGAUGAUGGCUACCUUAAUUAUUUCGAAGCUGAUGCUACUGAGUUAUGGCACAAGAGACUUGGGCACUUGAGUGAGAAGGGACUUCAAAUCCUUAGCAAAAAGGAACUCCUACCCGACUUUACACGUAAUCUUUCUAAAACCUAUGCUGAUUGUUUAGAUGGCAAGCAUCAUAGAGUUUCUUUUCACACUUUACCUCUGUCUAGAAGAAAAUACGCACUUGAUUUGGUUCAUACUGAUGUUUGCUUCAUGAAAGAUAAAAGUCUAGGUGGUGCUACAUAUUUUGUGACUUUUGUGGAUGAUUUUUCUAGAAAAUUGUGGGCUUAUCCCUUGUUUAGUAAAGAUCAAGUGCUAGAGAAAUUUAAAGAAUUUCAGGCAAUGACAGAAAGAGAAACUGGGAGGAAAUUAAAGUGCAUCAGGUCUGAUAAUGGUGGUGAAUACAGUGGACAGUUUGAGCGCUACUGUAGAGAACAAGGAAUUAAGCUCGAGAAGACCACUCUUAGAACUCCACAGCAUAAUGGAGUUGCUGAAAGGAUAAACAGAACAAUAUGUGACAGAAUUGUCUGUAUGCUCUCUCAUGCUAAAUUGCCAAAGCCUUUUUGGGGGGAGGCUUUGAAGACUGCAGUGUACUUGAUAAAUCGAUCCCCUUCUGUUGUUCUAAAUGGUGAUGUUCCGGAGAAGAUUUGGUCAGGCAAAGAAGUAUCCUACAAGCACUUGAGGGUAUUUGGCUGCAGGGCAUAUGUGCAUGUUCCAAAAGAGGAGAGAGCAAAGCUUGAUGAAAAGACAAACAAUGUGUAUUCUUGGGAUAUGAAUGAGACGGUUGAAGACUCAAAGAAGCAAGAUGACAGCGAGCACACUCAAGAAAUACCAAACACUGAUUAUUGUACUCCAACACCUAAACCGAGUGUUAUGAAUGAUGAUGACAGUGAAGUAGAUGAGCAGCAAGUUCAAGGGCCUGUUGUUGAACAUUUUGUUGAAGAAGAAACAAACCAAGAAGAGCAAGUGCAACCACCACAGCAACCUCAAGUUAAGAGGUCCACUAGACUUCAUCAACCAUCUCAGAAGUACUCCACUAAUGAGUAUGUGCUCCUGACUGACGGGGGAGAGCCAGAAACUUAUUAUGAAGCUAUGGAGAGUGAAAACAAGAAGGAAUGGUUGAUGGCAAUGCAAGAAGAAAUGAGUUCUUUGCAAGAGAAUGGGACUUAUGAGCUGGUAGAGCUUCCAAAGGACAAAAAGGCUCUUAACAACAAGUGGGUUUUCAGAGUAAAGUCUGAAGUGAACAAUCCCAAUCCAAGGUUCAAAGCUAGAUUAGUGGUGAAGGGCUUUAGACAACAAAAGGGCAUUGAUUAUGAUGAGAUUUUCUCACCAGUAGUAAAAAUGCCAUCUAUUCGAGCUAUUUUGGCUUUGGCAGCUAGCUUGAAUUUAGAAAUUGAACAGCUGGAUGUUAAGACAGCUUUUCUCCAUGGUGAUCUUGAGGAGGAGAUUUAUAUGAAGCAACCAGAGGGCUUUGAGGUGCAAGGCAAGAAGAAUCUGGUCUGUAAAUUGAAGAAAAGUUUGUAUGGUCUCAAACAAGCUCCGAGGCAAUGGUACCAUGGUGAUUUCUUGAUACUUUUGCUUUAUGUGGAUGACAUGUUGAUUGUUGGUCAUGACACAAAGAAAAUUGCAACCUUGAAGACUUACUUGAGUAAGUCCUUUUCUAUGAAGGAUUUGGGUCCAGCAAAGCAAAUUCUUGGAAUGAAAAUUUUCCGAGAUAGAAAGAACAAGAAGCUGUGGUUGUCACAAGAAAGAUAUAUUGAAAAGGUGCUUGACAAGUUCAACAUGAGUAAAGCAAAACCUGUGGGCACUCCACUUGCUGGCCAUUUUAAACUUAGCACAGAGCAGUGUCCAACAAGCAAGGAGGAAGCAGAAUACAUGAAGAAUGUGCCCUAUGCUUCUACAGUUGGUAGUCUAAUGUAUGCUAUGGUAUGCACAAGGCCAGAUAUAGCUCACGCAGUGAGGGUAGUGAGCAAAUUUUUAUCCAAUCCUGGCAAGCAACAUUGGGCAGCAUCCACCUUGGAGCAUGAGCCAUACGAAGCCACAAAUCUUGAAUGGCACAAUUUUGUUCCAUAUUCUGUCUACCUCAAGAUGAAUGGUGCUAUCCUGGCAGGAGGACAGUAGAUGAUAGCCUGAUUUAGAUAAAUAUUGCCCUCCUUUGUAUGCGUCUAUAUCCAGUGAUCUUUUCCGCCCUGAAGCAUUGUGACCUUCUGCAAUAUUUGGAAAAGUUGGUCUCAUGCCUUGCAUUCCCAAUCGUAAAACUUGUGUCUCCAUGGGAUGUUCCAACACCAGUGACCACCUUGCCAGCUUCCCAUUUGACUAACCUUAUUAUCUGUACUUGUAGAUAACAAAUAAAGCCCUAAGAAUUUG